GACAUCCGGCCGGCCAGGAUUUAGGGCUCUACCUGGGGCGAUGAUAGAAAUGAGGCAGCGGCGAGCAACAACAUCACCGGUGCCAAGUGCUGGUUUGAGGAUACCCAGGCAGUCCUGCAGUGCCCAAUGCCAUGAGCAUGGUAGUGCAGCCUGUGGAGGAGAAAGCUGUGCACUCAUGGUCACGUAUCUCCACGGCAGGGAAGAAAGCCCUGGAAGAGGCCCUCCUUGUGUUUAAUCCCAUGAGCCAGGAUCUCAGUGCCACAGAGGCCCAGCUCGUGGCCUUCCUCCAGGGUCUGCGAGAUGAUGGCUUCCAACCGACCAUUCUUCGAAGUGGCGAUGUCUAUGGUUAUAGCUCAUGCACAGCCAGCCCUCCCAGCCAGACAAAGCUACAAGCUCAUACCAUCCACCCACCUGCCACAUCACUUCCCAAAGCUGCUGUGUCGGGCCCUGCAGGCCAGGCCACCUUGCUCCCUGUGCCACUGUCUGGCAGGCUGGCUAAAGGGUCCACAGCAGCCCUAGCCAAGCAUGCCACCACGAACCUGUUGCUGAGCUCCCUGAAACAGUCAAGUGCCAGCAACACCAGUGGUACAACAGUAGGCUUCCCUGCCCACCUCUACCCAGGCGUCUACCCUGCCAUGCGGCUCUCUGUGGUUCUUGAAGCAUUGGUCCCACUCAAGACUCCCUGCUUGGAUGUUAAGCACAGGGCACAGUCAUUGCAGCUGUCACUUGCAAAAUCUCCCCUGAAACUGAGGAAAGGUUCGGGGAACCCAAAGUCCAAAGCACCCCGAAGAAUCACAAGCAAGGGCCUCAAAUAUCUGACUAGCAAAAGCCCUGGGGCUGGUCACCGGCGAGGUGCUGGAACUCAGAGCAACGGCGCCAAAAGGAAAGGGUGCUCUGCCUUGGGCUCCAAAUCUGUCCGGGCCAAGGCAUCUCGAACCCUGACCAAAGCUGCUCGCGCUCAUGCCAGUGUGGCUCGAACCCAGACCAAGACAGUAAGGGUCAGGGCCAAGGCCAAGGCCGCUGUGGUGAGGGACAAGGCUAAAGACCAGGUGGUCCAGGCCAGGGCCAAGGCCAAGGCCGCUGUGGUGAGGGACAAGGCUAAAGACCAGGUGGUCCAGGCCAGGGCCAAAGCGGCCCGGACCAAGCACAAGGGAAGGCCAAAGGGAUCGGUUCAGACCAGAACUGGAAGGGCAAGCCGGAAAAACAGCUCUGAGACUGUGGGGCGGAAGAGGAAGAAGGCUGAGGAGACCAAGGGUCUUCCUCCUAAGAAGAGAGCACGGCGCCUGCCCCGACCUCCUAAGGUGUGGCUGGGGCCUGGAACAGCAAAAUCUCGAAAGUCCCAGACCAUAAAGGUAGACAGGAAGUGCUCAGAUGACGAUGAGGUCCGACAGUAUGCCCAGCAGAUCCUUCGUGUGAAUCUCUCUCCUGUAGUAUGGCUCCAGCCAUUGCUACCAUUUUGAUUCCAUAUUCAACAUCCUGAGUCCUUGCAACAGUACUUGGGAAAACAGUUGAGCUGUAUAUGUGACCUGCAGCAGCGUGCAGUGCUCAUGGACUCUGCAGCUUCCUGGAUUCUGGGUACCUCUGGGACCCCUGUGGUCACCAACAUCUUUUCAGAAACUGAGGAUUUGGGUGGGGUGGGUUGUGGGAGGGGUGUUCUCAUGGCUCAAUGCACUGUGACUUGUUCUUCAAAUUGUAUGUCCACGUCCAUCAUGUUUUAUACCUUUCCACCUUGCGGUCUCCCUGCUCACCCUCCAUGGUCUUAUUUAUC